GCGCGUGGUGCGUAGCUGGCAUCGGUGGCAGCCCUAGGCGGGCGGGCGGCCGCGCGGCAGCGGCAGCGGACCGCCCGCCGGCAGUGCUCCGUAGAGAGCCGACCGCGCGCGCUAGCGCCGCUCCCGCGCCGCCAUGGACCGCGCCGGCGGUUCCACGCCGCCCCAGUCUCCCCCGCCCGCGCAUUCCGGCUUCGGCGCUUUCUGCAGCGCCCUCUCUGAUACUAUCACGGGCAUGGCGACUACUUCAAGAAGUAGAAGAAAGCAAGAAGAUGAGAAGAAGACUAAGAAAAGACAAUCGCCGGUCGACGAGCGGCCUGUGGUUCCCGCGCCGAGCGAAGCCAUGCUCAACAAUCUCCGCACAGCGUUCGGUCUGCUGGACCGCGACAGCGACGGGCACGUGACGCCCGAGGAGCUGCAGUUCAUGCUUCGGAACCUCGGCAUUGAGGUCAGCGACGACCUCAUAGGGGACCUCAUCAAGGACGCCAGUCGGACGGGUAACGGCCUAAUAGAUGAGAACGACUUUAUGCAGUGGGUGACAAAGAUUCAGGCGUUGCAAGGGAUGGACGUCAGUAACAGUGGCGGUGAUUCCGAAGAGGAAAUCACGAGGGACCUGCUCGCUGCUUUUAAAGUGUUCGACCGCGACAACAACGGCUACAUAACGCGAGACGAGCUACGGAGCGCGCUCGAGAUCAUCGGCGAGCCGGUCACGGACGCGCAGCUCAACCAAGUGCUCGCGCUCGGAGACAUCGACCACGACGGCCGGAUCGACUACGACGAAUUCGUGAAAAUGCUGUUGUAACUUCGUGGAAGGAAGACCUCACUAGAGAUUAUGGUAGAAUAUAAAGACAGCGUCUACGCAAACGGCGCUACUCGCUUCGUGCGUGUCGGGGCAGUUCCCAUUUGUUCUAAACAAGUAACGAUCGGUAACUACAGUCCUAUUGGUGUGGUUAGCAACAAGAUAUAGCCAAGCGGAAUAAAAUCACAAAAUCUUCAAAUAAAAAGCCUUACAGUCUUACACAGAUUAUUUCAACAUCUUGUUCGCUAUUUUGCUGCUAACUUUUACUGCCAUAGGAUUCGGAUAUUUUUGUCUCUUGUUACGCGGCAUAUUACAUAUAGGUAGAAGUACUUAUAUAUACGAAACCUAUUCGACAAAUGGGAUUUACCCCGACUUCAGAAUUAAUGAAGACAUAAAAGGUUGCUCGAAAAAUCUUCCAUAAAUAUACUAUGCCUAUUUAUUAUUAUAUAAUUUAUAUAUAGUGCUAUAUUUAUCGAGGAUUUUGUUACCUAUAAUAAAAAUUAUGAGAUGUGGUACCGCUAAAUAAUUGAACUACUUACGAUAGAACAUUUUGUAAAGAAAAUUAGAAGUAUUACAAAGGUUUAGUAACUGUUGAGAAAGUUGUAAAUAGAUUUUAUAAUGUAAACAAAUGAAGUUAUAAACAAUAUAGAUUAGAAUAAUUAAGAUAACGUUGAUAUAAUAUACAUAUAAUUAUGUACUUAUGGCGUAAUAUAUUUUGCAUUCGUAUUUAGAUUUGAGAGUCCGUACUUGUAAGCGUGGGUAGGUACGGAAUAAAUAUUUUAUGGUUGUGAAUGAUUUGUAAGCUCUAUCGGAUGGGUUUGUAAUUUGCAAAAAUCAGGACUAGGUAUACAAUAUAACAACGAAUAUUUUCAUUUAUAUUACAAAAAAACAACAAAAGAUAACAAUAUUGCUUUUGGUUUCCAAUUUAGCAAUUGUUCUAUAUGUGUUACUGGACUUAUUCGCACAUCUGGUGUUCCAAGUCUAGAGACGCAUGAAUGAAAUAACUGAAAGACUCAUGGAAAAACUAUCGCCCUACCUUCACCUAAACUUGAAAUAUUGUUAAUUCUGGACCCUUCAAAAUCUUAUUAAGAAGUAAGUCAAAUACAUACGCAACAUUACACAAAGUACAAUAAUAAAAAUCGUCCAUUUAAAUUAUUUUUAGUACUUAAAUGGAUAAGUUUUCGUUGCAAUCAGCAGUAAAUAUUGCGAACAAAGGACGUAGGUAGGUACCUAAAGCUUUAGCUAUACUUAGGGCUCUUAUUAUUUUUUUAAUGCAAUAGUCUUUUGGAUGGCAUUGAGCAAAUAACAUCAGAUUAUAUAAAAAGGACUACAAAAAACUGCAAGAUGCCUACGUUUACUGUUUCUAUUAUACUAAAGAUGCAUGUUUGCGAGAUUUGGCAUUGACGUAUAUCUCAGGACGGGCCUUACGGGCACUAAAAAUGGUACUAGUUCAGCGGUUUCACUGACCAAUUCGAGCCAAUCGUGCAGUCUAACGCAACUAGUUGCGACCAAUCGCGCGCGUGAUGCAAACUCAUCAACCAAUCGCGUUGUAUCGGUGUCACACCACUAUACUGGCCCCAUUCAUAUUGCCCGUAAGGCCAGUCCUGAGAUAUAGGCCAAUGGCAAAGGCAAUUUUCUGCUGCUUAAUGUAGGUAAUAUAGUCACAAAGACGAAAUAUACAAUACUCAGCGACAUAUUAUGUACUCAACAAUAUACACGUAUAUUUUGAUUAAAGACAUUGAUCAUAAGUCUAUUAUUUAGAUUUAGGCUGUUGCAAUUUCUAAAAGGUGCGUACGUUACGUACCAUUAUAUCUACAUAUAUUGAGUAAUUGAAUAUACAUUAUAUUAUAUAACGUUUUGAAAAUAUUGUUAAAUAUUCUCUAGUCAUGCAGAUCGCUGUUUCAAUAGUAGAAAUAUUUUGUUACCUAUUAAAUAUACUAGUAUCUUUAUAUAUGUACAUAUGUGAACAAUAAUAACUGGGUGCGUAGCCAACGUGCAAUCGUUAACGCUUCGUAGUGAACGAAACGCAACUGUCACAGUCGCACUAGUGGGGAAGAGUGAUAGAGAGAGAUGACUACGAUACGCCAUGACGCGUUAACAAUUGGCACGUUGGCUACGCGCCCUGAACUAAACUAAUAGAAAAGCGAAAACUUCGCUAGUUCAGUAUUCAACCAAAACUAUUUACAUAAAUGCUACAAUAAAAUUUAACAAAAAGAACUUAGGUUGUUAACCGGAUUACGGGUACCACGCGAGUCGGUACGCCGAACACAACAGCAAAUAUCCCAAGCAUGUUAGAUUUAAGCCUUUCUGAAAGGCGUGUGAUGUGGAAUGAGUGAUCAAUAAAUUUUGGAUUUGUUAUUUUAUUUUUA